UUCGUGGAACCUUACUAUGGUUUUCCCAUAUUUCCUCCUUAUAACCCUCCCACAUCUUCCUUGCUCUUUCCAUCCUUUCCCAAUAACAUCAUUAACAUUGUUAUCAUUAUCAUUUUGUUCAACAUUUUUCCUAGCUACAAAACCAUGACACUAGCCAAAAAACUCAACCCAAAGAACCUAUUCAAGUCCAAAAAAAAUAACGUGACGAGGUCCGAAACGUCCUCAUUCAACUCGUCCAUCACGACAUCGUCUACGUCCCCAGAGCCAUCUAUUCAUUAUUUGAAAGAAAAAACAUCUGGUAACGCAACUCCCACGAGUGUGUUACCAGAUGCAACGUCUGGUUUACUAGACGCUUUUUGUAUCAUUGAUACAGACAAAGAUGGUCGGAUUACAAGAUCCGACCUAGAAGCCUUUCUAAUCCGGAUAAAUGGGUCCGGAUCAGAACAGGAAGUUAAGUUAAUGAUAGAUGAUAUUGGUAUUGACCCCAAUGACGGAAAUAUAAGUUUGAAAGAAUUUAACAAUGUUAUAAGUUCGGCUUUUGGACUUGAUGAGUCGAAUGAUAAUAAUAACGAGGAUAUUAAAGGUGCAUUCGAGUUUUUCGAUACGGAUAAAGAUGGAAUGAUAUCGGCUGAUGAAUUGUUUUGUGUGUUUAAAAUGUUGUUUGGUGAUUUUAUUACAACAACGUUAGAUGAUUGUAAACGUAUGAUAAGUAGUGUUGAUAAGAAAGGUGAUGGGUUUGUUUGUUUUGAGGAUUUUGUUUUUAUGAUGGAACAACAACAAAGAUAGAUGUAGAAAGCAAAAAAAUAUAAGUAACAAAUCAACAAAUAUACUUGCUGUUUAAUGUGAUUCUACCAAAGAUUCUAUCAAAGAUUCUAAUGUUUUUAAUGAAAUUAAGAUAAUAUUCUUGAUUAUUAUUUUUUUGUAA